AUGCUCCCUAUUGAAGUUGUCAUCCCAACAUUCAAAGAUUAUGAACGUGAAGCUGAAUUUUGUAAAGUAUUUUUACCAAAGCAUAAUGCCAAAUGUAUCAUUGUUGAAGAAGCAUUUGGUAAAGACAUAGUUACUCAGAUUGGAAGUUAUCAGUUUAAGGCAGCUGGGUUAGCUAUAUCUUCAUUUCAACAUACUUUAUUAUUGGAUUCUGAUAAUAAUCCUGUCAUGGCCCCUGAUCGACUUUUUGAGGCCAAAGUCUACAAGACUAAUGGAAUGGUUUUAUGGCCAGAUUACUGGCCAAGAACAAUGAGUCCUGAAUGGCAUGAUAUUAUUGGCAAGCCGUAUUCUUUGACAGAAAAAGUUAGAGAUGGAAGGUUUCCGUUAGUAAAUGUCCAACAUUUAACACCAGAACAAGAAGAGAAAACUAAGUUCACUGAAUUGAAGGGUACAUUAUCGGAUUUAUCAACUGAAUCAGGACAAGUGAUGAUCAAUAAAGGAACCCAUGGGAAAGUUGUGCUUAUGAUUUUAUAUUAUAACAUGUUUGGUCCUGAGCUUUAUUAUAAAUUGUUUAGUUUAGGAGCUCUUGGUGAAGGUGAUAAAGACACUUUUGCUACUGCGGCUUUUGCUUGUGGUAAGCAAUACUAUCAAGUGAAAUCGUUCAUCAAAACAUAUGGUUAUCAUGAUGAUGGCUAUAAUGGUAUGACCAUGGCUCAGAAAGAUCCAGAAGAAGAUUAUCAAUUGUUUAUGAGAUUAGAGAAAGAGUAUCGUGAUAAAGGCAUCGAUUGGGAUAAAGAUGCCAAGGAAGCAUUUGGAGGUGAUAAUGAUGUACCAGUUUUUACAUUGCAUUGUAACAUCAAGAAAAUCAAUCCUUUCGAAUAUAUAAAAGAUGACAAGAUAAGUGAUUUGUCUGCAAAUAGGUUAAAACACAGAUUUUAUUCGAAAUUCAAGAUGAGACUUCCUGAAGACGGUAUUGAUGGAGUACUGACUGUAAAAGAAAUUGAUUUUGAAUUGUCAAGGUGGGAAAGUGUUGAAGAGCUUCUAUGUGAGAAGAAAAUCAAGUUCACUAUUACCAAAGAGAAGGAUAUUGAAUCUGUAUGCGAGUAUAUCAAAAAUACUAUUGCAUGGUUAAAGGUUAAGAAGUGA